UGAAUCCGAGCUUCGCAAACGGGCCGGUUCAAACUCCGCGGCCCGGGGCGGUCGAAGCUGCCGAAGCCGCCGCCCUCCAGUCCAGCGGACCUAGCUGUAGUUGCGGGAGCUCCGGAAAAACAGGUCACCAACCUGGGAGCUCCCGACGAUGUCGUCCACUGGCCCACGGCCAAGCCUCCGAGGCAACAACCGAGCUUGCACAAACAAAUAUCAAACACAACGCCAUAGGAAAGACGAAGUAGGCAACCAGGAACCAAAGGGAGAGGGGAAAAAAGCGGAACAAUCAAGAAAUGCCUUCAGCAAAACAAAAGAAUUACCAUCAGCAAUUGACAUUGAUAUUCAAAUGUUGUCAAAUUUGUGGGAGGUACAUCCUAGAUUACAUUUAAAUUAAACAGGAUUCUCAGAACUAACGUCACUACCAAUGCCUCAGGUCUUCUUGCUACCAGAGAGCUCCCAGCGCAGAGAAAUGGCUCCAAUUCUAUCGGCACUCCUCCUGGGCUUAUUUAUUCAAUAUGCACCAACCUAUUCCCAGUCAACGACCAUGCGCAUUACUGACAGCACUGCAAUGGAGACCACUACGACCAUGACCACUAUUCCUGACACGACUUUGGAGGCCACUACGACCAUGACCACUAUUCCUGACACGACUUUGGAGACCACUACGACCAUGACCACUAUUCCUGACACAACAUUGGAGGCCACUACGAUCAUGACCACUAUUCCUGACACGACUUUGGAGACCACUAUGUCCACGGACACUGCUGCCAACACUCCAAUGGAGACCACUACAACCAUGACCACUAUUCCUGACACGACAUUGGAGACCACUAUGACCAUGACCACUAUUCCUGACACGACUUUGGAGACCACUAUGACCACUAUUCCUGCCAACACUCCAAUGGUGACCACUACGACCAGGACCACUAAACCCACCACUCGAAGGGGUAAGAUCACAGCAAGUUCAUGUACUUUCAUGCCAUUGUAUGUGUUUUUCCAUAGCCUCCGCUCUUUGUUACACGCCUAGAAUUGCCGUGACAAACAGUACGAAAUCCUGGUCUUCAGUCUGAAGAAGGGUCUCAACCCAAAACAUGUCACCCAUUCCUUCUCUCCAGAGAUGCUGCCUGUCCCAUUGAAUUACUCCAGCUAGUGUUGUG